AUGGCCGUAGCUAGCACCAGCAGCAGCAACAGCGAGGACGGACGCUUCUCACCGUCGUCCACCGGCACUUCCGAAGCCUCUAGCUCGUCUUCGUCGCGGUCAUCUUCUCCCCCACCCUCGGAAGAGGAGCUCAAAGUUAUUUACCCUUCUAGCUUCCCAGCGAUCCCUGAAGACAAGACACCGUUAGUUACUGCACAAGCAGAUGCCCAAACGCCUGAUCGCUGGAUACACCGAAAUACAGAGCUCAUUAGGCUAACUGGGAAGCAUCCAUUCAAUGCUGAGGCUCCGCUCUCUGCCCUCUUUCGAUCUGGCUUUCUCACGCCGGCACACUUGCACUUCGUCCGCAACCAUGGCGCCGUUCCCCAAGUAUCUGUUCAAAAAUCGCGGAACUGGCGCAUCCGUAUACAUGGUCUUAUUGAGCACGAAGUCGAAUUCUCAAUAGCGGACUUGAAGGAGAAAUUUGAAGUUGUCACCCUGCCGGUGACGUUGGUCUGCGCUGGCAACCGGCGGAAGGAGCAGAAUGUCCUACGGAAAAGCCUAGGAUUUGACUGGGGCAGUGCUGGACUGUCUACUGCGCUGUGGACAGGUGUAUAUCUUGCAGACAUCCUCGCUCACGUCAAGCCUCUUCGGUCGGCCGGUGCGAAACAUGUCAUCUUCGAGGGAGGAGACUCCCUGCCGAAUGGACCUUACGGUACCUCACAACGACUAACCUGGGCGAGCAAUAGGGAGAAGGGCUACCUUGUUGCGUGGGCGAUGAAUGGCCGACCACUAGAGCCUGAUCAUGGGUUCCCUGUACGGAUGGUCAUCCCUGGGCAAAUCGGCGGACGUUCAGUGAAGUGGCUGAAACGCAUCGAGGUCUCAGCCGUCGAAAGCCAACAUCAUCUGCACUUCUUCGACAACAAGGUUCUUCCUACGCAACUCACGCCCGAGCAAGCACGUUCGGCGGAAGAAAAGAAGUGGUGGUAUGACCCCAAGUAUAUAAUCACUGAGCUGAACGUGAACAGUGCGAUUGCGAAGCCCGCCCAUGAAGAGACCCUCACGCUCGACUCCUCUAUUUCAACUGAUUCUUCUACUUAUACGCUCAAAGGGUAUGCUUACUCGGGUGGCGGGAGGAGAAUCAACCGCGUGGAAAUCUCGAUGGACGAUGGCCACAGCUGGCGAUUAGCAGACGUGGACUACCCCGAAGACCUAUAUCGAGCUGUCGCGUAUUCCGAUCCUGUUUUUGGUAGGGUCGACCUGAAUGAGCGCGACACUUCCUUCUGUUGGUGUUUCUGGUCUUUCGAUGUCAGCAUCGCAGACCUCGCAGAGGCCACCGUCAUCUCCGUGCGUGCCAUGGAUGAGUCGAUGAACAUGCAGCCGAGAGACAUGUACCCCAACCCAACUUCUAUGAUGAAUAAUUGGUGGCAUCGUGUUUGUAUUCUCAAACAGCGGUCCGCCGAAGGGGCGAUGUCCGAACUCAGAUUUGUACAUGCUGCGCCUGUCGGGAAGUACUCCGCCGGUUGGAUGGAGCUGAUGACGAAGUCAGGAGCUUCAGUCCUGCGCCCUGACUUCUCGUUUUCUGCCCUCGCUGCCCUUCAGCGCGACGCGAUCUCUGAGCCUCAAAAGGCGCCUGUUGCUAAGGGUGGCAACGGAAGAUUGGUAACGCUUCGCGAAUUGAGGACUCAGCCGAAGGACAAGCCUUGGUUUGUGGUCGACGGAGAGGUUUACGAUGGGACCGGUUAUCUACAUGAUCAUCCGGGUGGAGAGGAUAGCAUCUUGCUCGCGGCUGGAGAGGACGCAAGUGACGACUUUCGAGCGAUCCACUCUGCGGAUGCAUGGGCAAAACUCCGGCAGUUCCACGUCGGGACUCUGGUCAAGACUGAGACUCCCAACGAUGCAGAAAGAGAAGCGGUAGAAGAUGAUACGUCGGGCCGAUUCCUCUCACCGCGUCUCUGGCGCCAGGGCACACUUGUCAACAUCGAGGUCGUCAACCACGAUACCUGCUUGUACCGCUUCGCGCUGCCGGACCCGGACCAGGUUCUUGGAUUGCCCACCGGGCAGCAUGUCUUCGUCAGGUUGAAGCGCAAGGAUACGGGCGAGGUGGUACAGCGCGCGUACACGCCCGUCUCUGGCAAGGACGCGAAGGGUUUCAUCGACUUUCUGAUCAAGCUCUAUCUCCCCAAUGAUAAAUGGCCACAAGGAGGCAAGAUGACGGUCGGAUUCCACCAGCUCCAGCUCGGGGAUGCGCUCGAGAUGAAAGGACCCCUUGGGUCAUUUGUCUUGUUGGGACACAACUUGAUCAGCUUGAGAGGCGUCUCAAGAAAGGUCACGGAGUUCGGGCUAGUCUGCGGCGGCUCUGGGAUCACUCCCAUUCUGCAGGUCCUUCGAGGAGUGCUGCACGAUCCCGCCCUCGAGCAUACUCGUAUCUGGCUCAUCGACGCCAACAGGACAGAAGAGGACAUCCUUUGCAGAGAGGAGCUCGACAGGCUCCACGCAGAACAUGGCGACCAUCGGUUCCACCUACACUACACAGUUAGCGUCACACCAAGUGGCUGGCCUCAUAGCGUAGGCCGCAUAACAGACGCGAUGCUCGAGGAACACCUCCCAGUCCCGAGCGAACGAGCCAUGGUCCUUGCAUGUGGACCCGACGGCAUGAUCAAGCACACGCUCAAGCCGGGUCUCCAACGUUGCGGGUGGGACAUUGAGCGUCAGCUCGUCGUAUUCUGA